GGGAAGAAUAGGUAUUGUUCUGCUCUCGCUACAACGGCGCUACCUCCUGCGAGCACUCGGAUACCUAAAUGGGUCAACUGGAAUGCUGGCAAACUGAGCAAGCUAGGUACCUGGACCGCAGUGUAAGAGGUAUGGGCAGCCUCGCUGUAGGUAUCGUCUACAUCAUCGCACCCACUACGCGCCUUACUCAUAGGUACCUACCUGGGUACCUACCCGGUGAGUCUAGGUACCUAAGCUUAGAUCCUCUCCCACUUCUCGCUAGUUCGUCGUCUCGCUCUCUCUCCUCCUCCUCUUCUUCUCUUCCCUCGUUACCUGGCCGUAUGAAGGCAUGUCUACACGUAUGCACAUUACCUACCCCGAAUCCGCCGACGAACCAGCCAUUCCGCCCACCCAUGCAUGAUCCCUCCCCUCCACUCGCUCGUCUUCAUUCACCCUCCUCUUCGCUUCACCCGCCGUGCCUCGCCUUGCUUGGCCUCCCACCCUCCCUGUCCGCGCACAUUCCGUCCACGUUGUAUGCAUACCUAGCUAGCUAUACUCGGUUCGUUAUGUAGCUACCAUCUUCACGUUACAUGCUAGCACACCCCUUUUUGACCGAUUCCGUCCAUCAACUUCUCUACGCAUGACUCUCUCGACAAAUUGCUACUCGCCAUGGCCAAAAAGGCGCGUCAAAGGAUAAGCUACGGUUCGUCGUCCUGAUUCCUGUCCGUCCGCAUCUCCCCCCUCUCGACAUUGGCCUGGUCCCGUCCCCCCCCCCCUCCUCCCU